AUGUCGACAACAACACACACGGUCACAGAGUCAGGGCAGCCCCCGAACCCAUCAUUCGCUUUGAUGAUGAAUGAUGCAGUGUCUCCGCCAGGCCUGCAUGCAUCCCGAGGUCGAACUGUUGCCAUCAUCUCUUGUAUCACCUGUAUAACCGCAAUCAGCAACCUUUUGGCGGGCUUGUUGACGGUGUGCAUACCAGUCAUCUCCGAUGAGCUGCUGAUCCCCCCCGAGCUCCAACUCUGGCCUGCGUCCGCCUUUGCCUUGGCGUGCGGAUGUACGCUUCUCAUCUGUGCUACUGUGGCCGACGUGUUGGGUAGCCGACGUGUCCUUCUCAUCGGAGCAUUACUCCAGUCCGGCAGCAGCUUAGGGGCCGGCCUUUGCAACACGGCUUCGGAACUUAUUGCGCUACGCGCUCUGGCUGGGGUGGCCGCAUCUUUAUGUCUGCCCAGCGCUGUCGCCAUUGCAUCGCGCUCCUUUCCCGCAACUACCAUGCACAAAAGUCGCAGCGCUGCCUUUGCAGCCAUGGGCGGCGGUCAGGCCGUCGGCUUUGGCUUGGGUCUUGUUCUAGGGGGCAUAUUCAGCGAUACCAUCGGCUGGCGAUGGGGAUUCUACACCGCCGCGAUUCUGAACAUCGUGGUAUUGGCAUUGGCUCUGUGGGCGCUGCCUGCGGGUGUUGAUCCAAGUUUAAACCGAACAAUCAUGUCUCAUCUAAGGGGGGACAUUGAUUGGAUCGGAGCGUUGCUCAUUAGUGCUAGUCUGGCACUUCUUUCAUAUGUGCUUGCAAUUGCAACAGGCACAGAUGCAACAAGACUCAUGCGUCAGCCCAUCAAUGCAGUGCUUCUUUGCUUAGCGUUGGCGCUUUUGCCAGCGUUUAGUCUAUGGAUGCGCCAUCAGGAGAAUCGCGGCAGACCGGCAUUGAUUCCCAACUCGCUAUGGAAGAGUGUGCCUUUUGCCACUGUUUGUGCUACCGUCUUCCUCGUUUGGGGUGCCCUCAACGCCAGUGAGCAACUUGCAGCUUUCUACUUGGAGGAUAUCCGCGGCUUCUCAACCAUGAAAUCCUCUCUUUACUUUCUACCGGCUCCCAUCUGCGGCGCUUUAAUGAAUGUAGCGAUUGCUGUCCUCCUUCCGUACCUGAGGGCUUCGGUCGCUGUGCCGGUAGGCUGUUUUGUCAGCGGCAUUGCUCCCGUUAUUCUAGCAUCCUUGUGCCGCAUCAAUGGCCCAGGGUACUGGCACGGUGUCUUCCAGGCCAUGGCCCUUAAUCCCUUGGGUGCAGAUCUCAUCUACACCAUCGCUAAUCUGGUCUUGACAGAUGCUUUUCCUGCAGAUAUGCAAGCGCUGGCUGGCGGUGUCUUCAACAUGCUUGCACAAGUCGGCAAGAGUGUAGGCAUCGCUACAACCGCAAUUAUUGCUCAGCAAAUAACAGCUUCCUGUGGAGCAUUCGAUCCCAAGGAGGCGUCUCUACAAGGCUAUAAAGCCGGCUGGUGGUAUAACUUUGGAAUGGGGUGUACGGCGGGGGUGAUAUGCAUUUACGGCCUUAGGAGUGUUGGGAAACUAGGUGUUAAGAGAGACUAG